UGGGUGAGGUCAGCCGCGGCAGCUGCAGCAAACGGGCGCGCGAGCCUUCUUCUACCUCCAGGCAACGUCAGGCAUUCGAGACCGCCAGCCGAGGGACAGGGGCCACGUUCGUCGGCGAGCGGAACGUGGUGGAGGUUCCUAAAUGUCGGCCAACAAGAAGGACAACAUCGAGGCCUGGCUGCAGAAUGUGCGCCAGCCGCCCUGGAUUCCCGACCCUCCGAUACCACCCGUGCCCCCCGUGCCUGCCGUGCCGCCGCUGCGGGCGCCGCCGCUCAUGCGCCCCUUCCCGGCCUUCAACGCCGAGAACGAGUACCGCGACCAGUCGCCCCUUCAAUCUCCGCCUCCGCCGAACGUGGCGAAGGCGCCCGAGUACCAGCGACCGGACAGGCACGGAGACAUGUUCCGGCCGCCAGACGCUGCCCGUUCCCCCGCUUCCCCCGCUUCCCCCAUUGAGGCGCCGACGAAGCCGUCGGCGCCCCGCCCGCCGACGCCCGCGAAAUGGCCGCUUCGUCCGGCGCUCAAGAACGCGCAAGGGUACCGGAAGGAGUGGGCAGACGCCGGCAGGGGAGCAGCAGCGCAGCUACCGGAAAAAGCGCCCAAGCCCGCCGUGGUGGCGCCAGCCUUCGCCGCCAAGGAGGACAGCGUGAUCAGGUUCCUCUUGCUCAGCGCCCGGAACCUGGAUCCCGUGGACGCCAGGGAUUCCUGCUCCCCUUACGUCGUCUUCAAGCUGGGCAACGAGAAGUACAUCAGCAAGGUCAAGGAAGACACGAAUGACCCCGUGUGGAAUGAGCCCUUCGACAUUUUCGUACCGGUGGGCAACAGCCUCUUGUUACAGAUCAUGAUCAUGGACAAGGACCCCGCGGCCUCUACCGACUUCAUCGGCAGGUUCAACCUGAACCUUGUCGACUACAAGUACGGCGCCACGUACGAGGUGAAACAGGAUUUGGACGACAACGCCGGCACCAUCAGGUUCCGCAUGGCCCUGGAGAAGGUGGGCUCCACGGACUUCGCCGAAGUCUGCGACAUUCCCACGCGACAGACUCUGGAGCUCCUGCGGCAGCGCAUAUCGGACACCUACGCAUGCUGGAGCUUUGGAGGCGAGCUGCGCGACGUGGGCGAAGUUCUCGUCUUAGCAUACCGGGCCAGCACCAUUGCACCGAACUACAACGAGAGCAAGCUGAACGCCAUCUGCGUGGUCGAACUGGCGCCAAAGAUGCUCUGGAACAAAGGCGAUCCCAAGACCGUCAACCCCACCUGGAACACCAUGUACCGCAUGAAGGUGACGGACAUUCACGCCGUGCUCCAAGUGACCGUGCUCACGGACGACAAGAAGCAGGAGUUCCUCGGCACCGUGGCCUUCCCACUGAUAUCGGUGGACUCGCGAAGGAAGCAGUGGUACGCACUCAAGGACGAGAAUUACGAGAAAACCACGGGAGGAUUCAUCCUGCUCGAGAUAGACCUCAUUUACAAUCCCGUGAAGGCUAUCAUAGGCUGCUUCAAGGACAAAGGUCCUGGCCCUCCGGCGCUCAACGACACGGAGCUGACGAGGAGGGCCUUGACUCGGAACAUGUCACGUGUGAAGGCGGUGUACCAACGCUACAAGCGGACCGAGCGCUUCGUCCUCGGCUGCUUCAAGUGGGAGUCCAUCCCGCGGUCCAUGAUCGCCCUCACGCUGUUCACCUGGCUGACCCUCAAAGGCGAGCCGUACAUGGUGCCCCUGGUGGGCGCCUCGCUGUUCUUCGCCGGAAUGAUCGUCUCCUGCUGCUGCCCCUUCGAUGACGACGAUAAGGACUUUCAAGAAGACGGCCAACAGAGCGAGGAGGAAAGCUCGCGGCAAUCCCUCAAGGGAAAGCUGGUGCGGCUCCAAGAGAUGGCCGCCACCAUGCAGAACACCAUGGGUGCGGUGGCCUCGUACGGCGAGCGGAUUCACAACACGUUGGUGUUCGCCGACCCGUUCGUCUCGAGGAUGUUCCUCGCAAUCCUGCUCGGCGCCGGCUUCUUGGCCUACAUUGUUCCCGCGCGCUACUGGAUCCUCCUUAUCGGGCUCCGAAGGUUCGGACGCGGGUUUCUCAGGAGGUUCGGUGGUGCCAAGGAAAGCGGUUACGACCUGCUGCACCUGUUCAACAGGACACCCGACAACCUUGAAAAGGCACGGUACAGCACGCCCCUGCCCGAUACGCACACGGUUCCGCGAGGUACGUUCGCGGCGAAGUCUACGUUCUCGCUGAAGUCGCUGCGACGCCUGCUGUUCUCGUGACCUUCUCCGGGCCAAGGACGUCGUCCCGCUAACGGCGGCGCGCGCAACUGCGGGACGUCAACAUGGCGGCCGGGCGGGGCGCGUCGCCCGCCUCGGAAGAAGCCCGUGGUCGGGACAGUGCACCCCGCCGCGCGGGCAGACUGAUGCGCCAAUCGUGUGCCGCCUUCCCGCUGUGGCCUCGCAAGUUAUGGCCAGAAUAUUAAGUGUUUCGUGCUUCGA